CUCGUUGGGGGGCGGGGUAGCGCUAGUAAGAUGGCGGCGCCGGGGGUUUCGGUGUUUCCCGAGAAACCGAGUCACAAAAAGUACAGGGCCGCCCUCAAGAAGGAGAAACGGAAGAAACGCCGGCAAGAACUCGCUCGAUUGAGAGACGCAGAAGCCUCACAGAAGGAGGAGGAAGAGGACACUUUAAAUGAAGAACAACUAGAAGAAGAGAAACAGUUGGAGAGAGAGAGGCAAAAAUUACAUGAGGAGUGGUUGCUGAGGGAGCAGAAGGCACAAGAAGAGUUCAGGAUAAAGAAGGAAAGGGAAGAGGCAGCUAGAAAACGACAGGAAGAACAAGAGAGAAAGUUAAAGGCAGAAUGGGAAGAACAGCAGAGAAAAGAGAAACAGGAGGAAGAACAGAAGCUGCAGGAGAAGAGAGAAAGAGAGGAAGCGGUACAGAAGCUACUGGAUCAGGCUGAAAAUGAGCAGUUAGAAAAUGGUACCAGUUGGCAGAAUCCAGAACCACCCACGGAUUUAAGAGUAAUGGAGAAAGAUCGAGCCAAUUGUCCAUUCUACAGUAAAACAGGAGCUUGCAGAUUUGGAGAUAGGUGUUCACGUAAACAUAAUUUCCCCACAUCAAGUCCCACCCUUCUUAUUAGAAGCAUGUUUACAACAUUUGGAAUGGAGCAAUGCAGGAGGGAUGACUAUGACCCUGAUGCAAGCCUGGAAUACAGCGAAGAGGAGACCUACCAGCAGUUCCUAGACUUCUAUGAUGACGUGCUGCCUGAAUUUAAGAAUGUGGGGAAGGUGAUUCAGUUCAAGGUUAGCUGCAAUUUGGAACCUCAUCUGAGGGGCAAUGUCUAUGUUCAGUACCAGUCGGAAGAGGAAUGCCAAGCAGCCCUUUCUUUGUUUAAUGGACGAUGGUAUGCAGGAAGACAGCUUCAGUGUGAAUUCUGCCCAGUGACCCGGUGGAAAAUGGCAAUUUGUGGUUUAUUUGAAAUACAACAGUGUCCAAGAGGAAAACAUUGCAACUUUCUCCAUGUAUUCAGAAAUCCCAACAAUGAAUUUUGGGAAGCUAAUAGAGACCUCUACCUGUCUCCAGAUCGGACUGGCUCCUCCUUUGGUAAAAACAUAGACAGGAGGGAGAGGGCGGGCCACCAUGACGAUUACUAUGGCAGGCCCCGGAGAAGGAGGAGCCUUAGUCCAGACCACUCCUACAAGAGAAACGGGGAGUCCGAGAGGAAGAGGAGAACCAGUCACAGGGGUAAGAAAUCUCACAAACACACAAGGAGUCAUGAGAGGCAUAGCUCCCGAAGUAGAGGAAGAAAAAGGAACCGCAGCCGGGGCCAGAGCCGCAGGGGCCGCAGGAGCAGGAGCCGGAGCCGGAGCAGGAGCAAGAGCAGGACCCGGACCCGAAGCCGGAGCAGGACCCGGAGCCGGAGCCGGAGCCGGAGCCGAAACCGGAGCCGGAGCCGAAACCGGAGCCGGAGCCGGAGCCGAAACCGGAGCCGAAACCGGAAUCGGAGCCGGAGCCGGAGCCGGAGCCGAAGCCGAAGCCGAAGCCGAAGCCGUAGUAGGACUAGAAGCAGAAGCAGGAGCCGAACCCGCAGCUGGAGCCGAAGCAGGAGCAGGUCUAGGUCCAGGAGUCGUGGCGGCCGGAGGUCAGACAGUAGAGACAGAGCCAUUCAGAGUCCCAAAUCCAAAUAAAACUCUUUUGUUCUUAAAUGAUUGUAUAUCUUGCUUAUUAUGGGUGCCUAUACCUGGCUAGAAGGUUAUAAGCUUAAAUGGGUUCGUGAAUCUGGGCUAGGAAUCCUGUAGUUGAGUGUCGGUCACAAGAAAUAGUGUUUCUUCAAGU